AGAUGAGUUUGUUCGGUUUGGUUUGGAAUGUGUCAGUCUUCAUAACCCAACUAAUUUUAUUGUUUUUCAAUAAAAGAUUAUGAAAAUUGUUAUAAAGUGAUAAUUACUUGAUUCGGCAAUGUUUCGUUUUGUAAAUAGUUGACGAUAAUUUUCACGAAUUUAAACUAUGCUAUCUUCCGUGGUGUUUUGAGGUUAGAAAGUGAUUCGAUUGUUUUGGUUUAAUAUUUCCUUGAAAUGUGCGGCUUUUUUCGGCUCUAAUUAAAGUGAAUUUUUAGUGACAAAUUUAGGAUUAUUUAAUACAGCAUGUAUCCUGCAUCUACCAGACAUCCGACAAGUGGGGGUCCACCACCACAAGGUGGUCAAAUCAAAUUUACAAUAGCAGACACUUUAGAAAGGAUAAAAGAAGAAUUUAAUUUUCUGCAAGCCCAAUAUCACACGUUAAAACUAGAAUGUGAGAAAUUAGCUAGUGAAAAGACUGAAAUGCAACGGCACUACGUCAUGUACUACGAAAUGUCAUAUGGCCUUAAUGUGGAAAUGCACAAACAGACUGAAAUUGCAAAACGCUUAAACGCUAUUAUCGCCCAAGUGCUGCCCUUCUUGGCUCAAGAGCAUCAACAGCAAGUAGCCACAGCUGUCGAAAGGGCCAAACAAGUUACAAUGGCCGAACUAAAUUCCAUUAUAGGGCAACAGCAACAACAAGGCCUUCAACAGUUGCUUCAACAAAUACACGCCCAACAGCUACCGCACGGUGCUCAUGGACCUGGGUUACCAAUGGGUCCACAUCCAGGUCUCCCAGGAAUGGGUCCAGCAGCUGGUUUAUUGGGCUUCGGAGCUGGAUUGGCAGCAGGAGUUCCUGGUGCACCUGGAGGUCCUCAUCCUUCAGUCGCUGGUGGUGCACAUCCUCUACUUAAACCUGCCGAUCUCCAUGCUAGAGAUCAUCAAGAUCUUAAAAGGCCUGGCAGCACAAAUGCUGAAGAAAGACUGAACUCUGUUUCACCUGGUGAUAGAGAUAAAUAUAGGUCACGAUCUCCAACAGAAGUCGAUACUGUGAAACGACGAAAAGAAGACAAAUUAGGACAUGAAAGUGAUGGGGAAAAAAGUGAUCAAGAUUUAGUUGUGGACGUUGCUAAUGAGGAAGCAACAUCACCACAUACGAACGGGGAACAUGUUUCUUUAGGAAAUUCCAAUGAAAUUAGGGAAAACGGAAGUACCAACGGUGAUAAAAUAAAAGUAGAAAGACCACCCAGUAGAAGUGGUUCCUCUUCAUCGAGAAGUACGCCAUCUUUAAAAAGCAAAGACGAGAAACCUCUUACGCCUGGUUCAAAGCCUCGGUCUACGACGCCAAAUCUAGGUGCUGGACCGGCACCAACUGCUAAAGUUGGUCACGCAGGUCAAUAUCCACCUUAUCCUUUAGGAGCUUCAAGAGGUCCCGAACAUUUGAGCCCAUAUAAUAAUGUAGCUCCUUCUCCCUAUAGUCGACCGGCUAUGUUAGGUUAUGAUGGACAUCCGCAUACUAGAGCCCCUGGAAUUGCAACGAACGGAAUGGGAGCCAUUCCUGGAGGAAAACCGGCUUAUUCUUUUCACAUGAACGGUGAAGGUCAAUUACAGCCUGUACCUUUUCCAGCAGACGCUUUAAUUGGUCCUGGGAUACCAAGACAUGCGCGUCAGAUUAAUACGUUAACACAUGGUGAAGUCGUUUGCGCAGUUACGAUCUCUAAUCCCACCAAAUAUGUAUAUACGGGAGGAAAAGGCUGCGUAAAAGUUUGGGAUAUCAGCCAACCCGGAUCUAAGAGUCCUGUUUCACAAUUGGAUUGCUUGCAAAGAGACAAUUAUAUUAGAUCGGUAAAACUCUUACCAGAUGGUAGAACGUUAAUAGUAGGCGGUGAAGCAUCUAAUUUAUCAAUUUGGGAUUUAGCAAGUCCUACACCUAGAAUAAAAGCAGAAUUAACUUCUAGUGCGCCAGCCUGCUAUGCACUAGCUAUUAGUCCGGAUUCUAAGGUAUGUUUCAGUUGCUGUUCUGAUGGUAAUAUAGCUGUAUGGGACUUACACAAUCAGACUCUAGUGAGACAGUUUCAAGGACAUACAGAUGGCGCGUCUUGUAUAGACAUUUCUUCCGAUGGAACUAAAUUGUGGACGGGAGGCUUAGACAAUACUGUUCGUAGUUGGGAUCUUCGAGAAGGCAAACAAUUACAACAACAUGAUUUCAGUUCUCAAAUCUUCUCUUUAGGAUACUGUCCUACAGGAGAAUGGUUAGCAGUUGGUAUGGAAAAUUCGCAUGUAGAAGUACUGCACGCUACAAAAGCAGAUAAAUAUCAGUUACACUUGCACGAGAGUUGUGUACUCAGUUUAAGGUUCGCCACAUGUGGAAAAUGGUUUGUUUCAACUGGCAAAGAUAAUUUGUUGAAUGCUUGGCGAACGCCGUAUGGAGCGAGUAUAUUCCAAUCCAAAGAAUCAUCGAGUGUCUUGAGUUGUGACAUCUCUACAGAUGACAAAUAUAUUGUAACGGGCUCAGGAGACAAAAAAGCAACAGUGUAUGAAGUGAUGUAUUAAACAUAGUGCGCGGAAAAACAGGAGACUUUUUACACAAUACGAACGAACCAAUUUGGACAAUUAUAUCAUAAUUUUCAUUCUACUUGUACAUAAAGAGAUUGUAGAUGUUUACAACAGAGGGCGUAACUGUUAAUCGUUUUCAGCUUCUCCAAAUUUCACUAUUUAUCAAGUACUUUCCUGUACUGUGACACAACUGUAAAUUUUUUUAGAUAGCUGAGCAAAAAGGGACUUUUUUAUUUAUGUUGUCUUCUUUAGAGUAAGCCUCAACGCGGUAAGUACAGCGUGUACCAACAAUUAUGAAUCUUUUAUUGAUUCGGAUUUUUGGGACAAUCUGUAUAUUUGUUAUUUGUUUUACAAAAAAAUCUGACAUAUAUUGUUAAAAUGUGUGUGUGAAUUAGAUGUCAAUGAAUUGAAACAAAAACUUGGCACCAAUGAUUCAAAUUCAAAAUACUUAAAUAUUUAGAACUUUUCAUUGGUUUCUGGAUGUUAUUACGAAACAGAAGAUUACGUAGCAUAUUUUUCGUAAUUAAAUAAAAUUAUAUAAUUACAAACUAUAAAUUUAUUUAAUUAAAUUUUAUAUACCCUAUCCGAAUAAUCUUUCCUGUUUUCCCCAAGAAAUUAGUUGGUUUGGAUAUUUUUUCUAUUUUUGUUUAUAUACAGUAAUAACAUAUAAUUGCAUUUUUAGCCAAUACUAACACAAAUCAUUUUAGAUAAACUUUGUCAAAAUUGGUUACAUGAUUAAUUGCUGUUGCAGUUUUGCAACUUUUGAAGCCACUUCGGCGUAGAACCAGGGGUUCUUGACCUUUUAAGAGUCUUUAUCUGGACCUCCCGGUUGGAACCACUGGUUGAGGGAGGGAUGGAGGUCGAAGCAACAUCAGGAUCCGGAGAUGUUAAGUCCUCAACCGUCUUGGCAGCGUUGCCGUUUUCCUUUUUCUGUGGCGUUUGAGUUGAGCCUUGUCAAUAGCACCGGCCAGAGCUUCGACAUAGGUAAAACUGAUACAUUGUACGUAGUAGGUUCCGUGGUCAUUGUUUACUUAGACCCCUGAGACGGAAGAGGCGGAUUUGUCAUGGUUCCUGCUCUUUCAGGGCCUAUGAAAUUUAGCUGGAUUUCCCGCAGGCUGUUCUCGACACAUGAUUAUAACUCAGGUACCAUUCAUCACUCGGCACGAUUGCUUUUGACUUAGUAAGCCCAUUAAAAUGUACCGACCAUCCUCUUGUGUACGUAGACACGCCCGAGGUGGGCAGCCGUUGGGUCCCCGCACCAAUAUCAAGGUCCAACGGCCCUUGAGGGGGAAACAAUACGUUAUUCCAGAAAACGCACACACAAAAAUUACAACUUACUCGAAAAAGUGGCUAAAUGGGUUUCAAAAUCAUAAUGUUAUUCAACUUGAUUAUCAUAUAAUACACUGAGAGAACAAGCUCAUAUCAAAACAACAAGAAAAAUUAUUAGAAAGUAAAUGUCUGUCUGAUCCAGCUGUUUACUUUGAUGUUCAUAUUUCAUAUUAAAAAUAAAUAAAAUGAAAAAAUAAAUAAAAUACGCUUUUAU